GGUGUUUUGCCAUCUCUAACGCCCAGGCGGGCGAAAAACCUGUUCCCGCUAAAGGCCGUAGUAAAACCACCCCACCGCCCCCCUGGAAGUUCCAUGGGACUGCGUGCGGCAAUAAAAACAAACAACAGAACGCUUGGCGGCCAACUGAGAGCGGCGGAGCGACCAACUGUAAAAGUGGGACGCCCGCAGGUAAAGCCGACUGCGCCGCAAGCAGCGAGCGCGAACCUCGAAGAUUUCACUUUUCGACGGUCGAUUCAACGGAGCGGAGCUAAAAGCGCGAUUUUCCCAGCAGCAAUUGGAAAUAAUAGCGACAGCCAACAAAUAGAAGACAGCCAUGUACCGCGCCAGUGGGUUAAGGAUUAUGCAACAGCUGCGACGAAGGAUUCCCGCCGAGAUUCAGGGAUUCCAGAGCGCCCUAGUUGCGCCAGCGCUGCAAACUUUCACUUUCCAGCGACAGCAACAGCAGCAUCGCUGGACUUCAACGACGACGGCCAGUGGAAAGCAUUCCAGUCCACAGGUGACGACCCCGCCCCCACGGCACGACUGGAAUAGGGCGGUCAGCGAGGCGGAGCGGAUCGUCGGCUAUCCCACGUCCUUCCUCAGCCUGCGUUGGCUGCUCAGCGACGAGAUCGCCAAUGUGGCGCUGCACCUGCGCAAACUGGUGGGCAGCGCCCAUCCGCUGAUGAAGACGGCCAAGCACCUUCUCUACAAUGGCAAGAACACGAUGCAAGCUUGGGGAUUGAUAGUGCUCCUGGUGUCCAAGGCGGCAGGACAUGCUCCCAGUGUUCCGGAUGUUGAGCAGGACAAGAGUGCCGGAGUGCUCCACUCACAAAGGGCACUGGCUGAGGUCACCGAGAUGAUUAGGAUUUCGCAUUUGGUGCACAAUAGCGUGGUCAACUUGCAAUCGAGCACACAGGCUGGCCAGGAUGUGGCCACCUACGACGACAUGUCCUUUGGCAACAAGAUUGGCCUGCUGACCGGCGACUACCUGCUGGGCCAUUCCAGUGCGGAGCUGGCCAAUCUGCGCAACCAGGAGGUGGUGGAGCUGAUUUCGUCGGCAGUGCGUGACUUUUCCGAAUCGGAAUUCAUUGGCGAGCGGGAUGAGCAGAACAAUCCUUUGCCCUACAAGCCAGGCACCUUCCAGCGGCCUUCUCUCAGCGUUGGAGUGGACUUCAACGAGCACGAUGUGAUGACCCCAAUGCCCAUUGCCCAGGUUCUUGGAAACCCCGAGGAGGAGUGGGAGUGCCGUAACAUACUGAAUGCCGGUAGUCUGCUGGGCAAAUCCUGUCAAGCUUCCUUGAAGUUGGCCGGACAGAGUGAGGAACUGCAGCGGCACGCGUACCGCUUUGGCAAACAUUUGGCGCUCGCUUGGCAAGCUUGCUUGGAUGCCGAGCCUUUCCAGUGUCCGCAGCUCCCGUUGGAUGUGACUUUCAGUCUAGUGAGUGCCCCAGUUCUCUUCCAUUUGGAGCACGAUCCCGGGAUGUAUGCCCAACUGGAGGCUGGCAAGCAGUCGGUGGAUAACAUCGACUACGACAAGAUCCACAAGGCAAUCCUGGCGGGUCCGGCGUUGGUCAAAACCAAGGAACUGCAGCGGAAGCACACGGCUGCCGCUCUGGCUGUUCUUCAACAUUUUCCGGCAACCGACGCACGACAGGCCCUGGAGAAUAUCAUCCUGGCCAUGCAGGAUCUCUGAUCUGAAACAAUCGCUGUUGAUUUUUCACGGGUUCAGGGCUUAGUUUAGUUGUAUUUAUUCCAUUGGGUCAUUAUUCAUUUGAGCAGACAUUGUUGACUAAUCUUAGAUGCAAGAUCAUGCACUUUUUAAAGACACGGUUUUUGUACUUACUUUUGUUAGUCCUCUAAUUACUUGGUGCAAGUACAAAAACUAUCAUAAAUAAACACGUUUUUAUAAUCCCAA